AUGGAGCACAUUUGUGGGCGCCCAUUGGGCCUCCGGUUCGACCAAAAGUCCGACAAACUCUACAUCGCCGACGCAUAUAUGGGCCUUGUCAUCGUGGGCCCUGAGGGUGGCUUGGCCACCAAGGUUGCAACAGAGUCACAAGGGAUUCCUUUUGGGCUCACCAAUGGUUUGGACAUUGAUCAGAGAAGUGGAGUUGUGUAUUUCACCCACAGUGGCUGGCGUUAUCGGAGGAGAAACUGCAUCUCUGCAAUAGUUAGUGGUGACAAAACAGGAAGGCCAAUGAAAUAUGAUCCAAAAAGCAAGGAAACAACAGCUCUUCUUGAAAACCUCAUAUUUCCAAACAGAGUAGCACUAAGCAAAGAUGGCUAUUUCAUUCUCAUUGCAGACACCACUAAUUGCAAAAUCUUAAGAUUGUGGCUCAAAUCAUCAAAAUUAAGGAUAGUUGAAGAUUUUGCCCAUCUCCUAGGAUUUCCAAACAACAUUAGGAGGAACCUCAAAUGA